AUGGUGGAUAGGGGCCCCUUGCUGACCUCGGCCAUCAUCUUCUACCUGUCCAUCGGGGCGGCGAUCUUCGAGGUGCUGGAGGAGCCACACUGGCGCUCGGCUACCGACGACUACAAGCGCCAGAAGACGGAGCUGCUCAAGCAGUUCCCUUGCCUGGGCCAAGAGGGGCUGGACAAGAUCCUGCAGGUUGUGUCAAAUGCUGCUGGACAGGGGGUUGCCAUCACUGGGAACAAUACUUUCAACAACUGGAAUUGGCCUAACGCUGUGAUCUUUGCUGCUACUGUGAUCACUACAAUCGGUUAUGGAAAUGUUUCUCCAAAGACACCCUCUGGGCGUCUCUUCUGCAUAUUUUAUGGGCUCUUUGGAGUUCCUCUCUGCUUGACUUGGAUCAGUGCUCUGGGGAAGUUCUUUGGAGGACGUGCCAAGAGGCUGGGCCAGUUUCUGACAAAAAGAGGAGUAAGCCUGAGGAAAGCACAAAUUACAUGCACAGCUAUUUUCAUUGUUUGGGGUGUCUUGGUCCAUCUGGUUAUUCCUCCCUUUGUCUUUAUGGUGACUGAAGGAUGGGAUUACAUUGAAGGCCUCUAUUUCUCAUUCAUCACUAUCACCACCAUAGGAUUUGGAGAUUUUGUUGCUGGUGUAAAUCCAGAUGCAAACUAUCAUGCCCUUUACAGAUAUUUUGUGGAGUUAUGGAUUUAUCUGGGACUAGCUUGGCUUUCACUUUUUGUUAACUGGAAGGUCAGUAUGUUUGUGGAAGUCCACAAAGCAAUCAAGAAACGGAGGAAAAAAAGAAAAGAGUCAUUUGACAGCCAUCCUCGGUCUAAAAAACCUCUUCAAAUGGGUAGCUCAAAAGAUGUCAACAUCUUCAGCUUCCUUUCAAAGAAGGAAGAGACCUACAAUGACCUUAUUAAACAAAUUGGGAAGAAGGCCCUGAAGACAAACAAUGACAAAAUGAUUAAAGUAGAAAAUACCAAACAAAAUAUGCAGAAUGCCAGUAUAGAUGUCCAGGUGACUUACACAAAGACAGAGUCAUUUGAGUACGAUGAGGCUUCCCUGGACAUUCAAAAUGGUCAUGUAUUGAGACAGCUGCAUGAUAAACGUGUUGGAGACAGCCCUCUAGAAGGCACCAUGUUUGUAAACCAGCUAGACAGGAUUAGUGAAGAAGAAGGCGAAGUGUGGGAUUCCAGAGACUAUCGACCCUUAAUAUUUGAGAAUGCCAACAUAACAUUUGUAAAUGAAGAUGAUGAUGAAGAGGAAGAUAUCUCAGAUGAUGAGGAAACAUCAAAAUCCUCCAUGGAUGAUAAUCUCGCAGAGGAAUCUGAAACUGCAAAAAAACUGGUAAAAUUUCCAUCCUCUGAUGAAUCUACCUUUACGAGUAACGAGCUAGAACUUUCUGUGCCUUAUGAACAACUGAUGAAUGAAUAUAAUACAGUAAGCAAUGUGAAGGCUGCAACAUGA